AUUGAACACCCUUUCAUUUAUGCCUGAAACUGCGCAUGCGCUGUGACUGAAGCGGAAGUGAGCAUCAUGUCGAUAGAAGACCCAUUUUUCGUUGUGAAGGGCGAGGUGCAGAAGGCCUUGUCCCGUGCUCGGAGCCUGUAUGAUAGGUGGGAGGAACUCUUACAGGAUGGGACACAGGUGAGUCGUGAUGAACUGGACUGGAGCACCAAUGAACUGAGGAACUGUCUGAGGGCCAUCGACUGGGACCUAGAGGACCUCAGUGAAACCAUCAAUAUCGUGGAGUCAAACCCUGGAAAGUUUAAACUUGGUGACAAUGAGCUUCAGGAGAGGAGAGACUUUGUGGAGCGAACCAGGUCAGCUGUCCAGGAGAUGAAGGAUCAGCUGUCCAGCCCGUCUGCAGUGGCUCAGGCAGAGAAGAAGAACAGACAGGCUCUGCUGACUUCCACAGGUCAGGACAGGUCGACGGGACUGGAGGCUCAUAUGGUGUCUGCAAACUCCCGAUACAUCCAGGAGCAACAAGAGCAGCAGCAGCUGAUCAUGCAGGAGCAGGACGAGCAGCUGGAGUUGGUGUCGGGGAGCAUCAGAGUCCUCAAAGACAUGUCAGGUCGCAUCGGGGACGAGCUGGACGAGCAGGCUGUCAUGUUGGGGGAUUUUGGUGACGAGAUGGACCAGACGUCGUCCCGGAUGGAUUCAGUCCUGAAGAAGCUGGAGAAGGUGUCGCACAUGACCAGCAGUCGGAGACAGUGGUGCGCCAUCGGCGUGCUGGUCGCCAUCAUGAUUGUCGUCCUCAUCCUCUUCUUCACCCUCUGAUACCCUCCAGUGACUGCAGAACCUCUCGACCACGUUCAGCGUCUCCUCUUUGUCAGACAAACCGAUGGACAGUUAAAGAAGCGAGGGACAACCCCUGCCCUCCUCCCGUCCUCUCUUUCAUCACUCCGAGGAGAAGCCGUUGACCUGCAGAGACGUGACUCCUCCACUUCCUCCUCCUCUCUGCUUUUAAUGAUUCUUGUGAACAAAGCUGCUUUUAGCAGAAGACAAACCCCAGUGGUGUUAUAUAGAUUUCAUACUGGUGCAUUUCGGUUAUUGUUGGAUGAUAAAGGUACAGUGUUGGGGGGAUCGGAUGGGCUGCUGCUAUCAGAUUGGCAAUUUAAACCUGCAAACCGCAACACAAUAAUAGCUAUUUGGAUGUUUUAACUAGCCUUUUUAACAAUGCAUCAGCACUGUAUUGAAGCUCUGCUGUCUUUAGAGCAUCUGUCUGUGAAUUUGCAUCACUUUACAGCGCUAUAGAAGCACAAAAGUCCGCUUUUGCUCACUUUGUCCCAUCUUAAUGAAGGAAAAUGUCACUAGGUGUUAAUAGCACAGCUUGAAACUGCAGUUUCCAACUGUUUUUUUGGAAAAACGUUUUAAAAAAACUCCAAACACUGGUUGCCAACAUUAGGAAAAGUUGUGUUUCUAACUUCUUUAUGAAUGUUUAAAUGAUGCUGACUUGCAAUUUUAGUUUAAAAGUGCUUUAAAAAAGUGAAAAUCUUUGCUUAAAUGACAGAUUAAUCUCUGUUGGCUGGUGAAGUUUGAUUUUGUGCAAAGCUAGCAGCUUUAAAAUGCUUUUAAAGACAAAAAUUUGGAUUUCUUGUGCCGAUUUUUGUGCUUUCAAGCAAUCAGAAGCAGCAGCCUUGGAGGGAGAAGAUUAGGGGAGGGAUGGGGUUUUUCAGUGUUGCCUUAAAUAUAUUUUUAUAUUGUGAAUGUGCAGUAUGUUAAUGUGCCUAUAUGUGACUAUGAGAGAGAAUUUCAUUGAAAGAAUUGUGCAGAAGAAGUUAGAUAGCAGCUGGUUCCUCUGACCAUUCCUCAUGGCAGGGUGAACUCAGCUCUGAUUGAAGCCCAUACUUGAUGCCGAUUUUGCCGUAAAACGCACAGAUGUGCUGCCUUUUUUUUUUGCCAUCAGACAGAAACGGUUCAUUUCCUGCCUAGGGCGAGGUGAAGUGAGGUCCUGCAGCCCGCCGCCUUGGCGCCCCUGCAGGAGGGUAAAGCACACGAUUGGCUGCAGCUUUUGUUCCUCUCACUGGAUGGAUGAGAGACAACCUUGGCUCGGAGCGAAUGGCUUCGCCCGUUUUAUUGAAAAGCUUUAGCUAAUGAGAGGGCGAACAGUUGCUGGGCAGGAUGUCUGUGACAGCAGCCCACAGUUAGGCUCACGGCGCCCUCUGCUGGGCACUGACGGUCAUAUUUUUCCUUUUGUGUCAUGUCAGGUUACACUGCCCACGCUAGGGUGUGUGCAGAACUGUAUAAUGUAUAAACUAUGAUGCUUUAAAGUUGUGUGUUAUAAACAUGAUUCAUGUUUAAUCUUA